UCGGGGAGAGAGCGAGAAGACGACAGACUAGGAGUCGGCGCUAUGAGGCAGCCUCCCUCCUGGACGCUCAUCAUGGGCUGGGAUGCGCUGUGCCUGCUGCUGCUGGUCACCUAUCACACAGCAGAUUCCUCUCCUACAAUAUCUGUCUCUGGAAGGCAACUUGUGAAUGCAGGAGACACAUUCAAGGUGUCUUGCACAGAUUCUGCCCCAGUAGAAUGGUACAUUCAAAAGCUGGGACAUGGUAAGAAGCCAAGGCCUGUUAUUCGCUCACAACAGAAAUCCUUCAGUGGAGGGUCCAACCUCAUAAUCUUAAAGGCAGAACGGAAACAUACCGGAAAAUACAUCUGCGCCAAUAAAGGUGUCAACCCUACAGAUAAUAACGCCAUCUAUCUCUUUGUCAAAGAUUUAAGCAACCCAUUCCUUGAGUUUCCGAUAUAUUAUGAUGUGAGAGAAGGUGAAGAUAUUUCCGGCAUCUGUUUUGUCUCCGACUCGGAAGUUACAGAUUAUUCUAUUAGAAAAUAUGACAAAUCCCCCCUGCCCAAAGGUUUUGUGUAUGAAAGUGACAUUGAAAACGGCAUUACCAUAAAAAAUGUACAGACAAAUUUCAUCGAUUACUAUGUGUGUUCUGUGAAUCAAAAUGGAGUUGUUAAGACCUCCCAGGAGUUUAGAUUGGUGGUGACUCCAGUUCAGAAAAGAAAACCUGUAGUGUCUGUUACAAAAUCUAGACUGGUUCUGAAAGCAGGGGAACCAUUGGAGGUGACCUGUGUGGUGAGGGAUGUUAACACUGUGGAGGUCAACUGGCUAGAUGCACCAACCAUGAAGUCCACUACAAACAGCAAGUACCUAUCCGGUACAGUAUUUGAACGGAACAACACUCUUAGCAGCCGUGCAGUCCAGCUUAAUGAUUCUGGUGUAUACACCUGUCAAGCCAGGAACAGUAUCGGUGUGAGCAAAGCCACCUUCACAUUAGAUGUCCUUGAAACUGGAUACAUCAGCCUGUCUGUAAUGGACAACACCACACUUGAUGUGGGGGUAAAUGCCGGGGACAACAUCAUACUGCAGGUCUAUAUUGAAGCAUAUCCUCAACCAGAUGAAGAAUUGUGGACUUUCAUGAAUGAGACUGUUCUCAACACCUCUGACCAUUUUGUACAGUCGCGAGACGAAGGCAACAAUAGGUAUGUUAGUGAGCUACAUCUGAUCCGCCUGAAAGGGAACGAGAAGGGAAUCUAUAUGUUUUAUGCCUCGAAUUCCGAUGCCAACUCGUCUGUCAGCUUCAACAUAUCAGUGAAGACAAAACCAGAAAUCCUCAUAGUUGAGAAACUGGGUAACGAUAUGCUGCAGUGUGUGGCAACGGGGUACCCUGCGCCUUCCAUUGACUGGUUAUUCUGUCCGGGAUCUGACUCCAGGUGUACGGAUUCUCCGGCAAUAAUGCCAGUUGACACAAAGCAGAGCAUGGAAAACUCCUCUCUUGGGCGCACAGUUGUAGAAAGUAUCAUUGAUGUGAGUUCUAUUAAGGAGAAGAACGGCACCGUACACUGCAUCGCCUACAAUGAUGUGGAGAGGAUUACGUCUAUAUUCAGUUUUGCCGUUACAGCAGAUAUGGGUUCCCACACGCUGUUUACGCCCUUGCUGAUCGGAUUUAUAGUAGCCGCCGCGGUGAUGUGCGUGGCCACGGCGGUCCUCAUGUACAAGUACUUGCAGAAACCAAAGUAUGAAAUUCAGUGGAAAGUAGUGGAAGAAAUCAAUGGAAAUAAUUAUGUUUACAUCGAUCCAACGCAACUUCCUUAUGACAACAAGUGGGAGUUCCCUAGAGACAGGCUGUGCUUUGGUAAGAUUCUGGGUGCUGGCGCUUUUGGUAAAGUGGUUGAGGCCACGGCAUAUGGCCUAUUGAAGGAAGACAAUGCACUCACAGUUGCUGUGAAAAUGCUGAAACCGAGCGCCCAUGCUACGGAGAGGGAAGCCCUUAUGUCUGAGCUGAAGGUCCUGAGCUAUCUUGGCCAUCACAAAAACAUUGUAAACCUUCUAGGAGCCUGCACCGUGGGAGGCCCAACCCUUGUCAUCACUGAAUAUUGUUGCUAUGGAGAUCUUUUGAAUUAUCUACGGAGAAAACGUGAUUCCUUCAUCUGCCAAAAAUUUGAGGACCAUUCAGAAAGUGCCCUUUACAAGAACCUCCUCAACUCAAGGGAACAUGUUUGUGAUGAAUUGAGUGAGUACAUGGACAUGAAGCCUGGAGUUUCUUACGUGGUGCCAUCCAAGUCAGACAAAAGAAAAUCAGGUUCAUAUGUUGAUCAGGAUGUCACCAUUGCAAUGCCUGAAGAAGAUGAUUUAGCCCUAGAUACAGAAGAUCUGAUUAGCUUUUCAUAUCAAGUUUCACAGGGCAUGAACUUCCUGGCGUCUAAAAAUUGCAUUCACCGAGACCUUGCAGCAAGAAAUAUUCUCCUCACUCAUGGUCGGAUAACAAAAAUUUGUGACUUUGGCCUUGCUAGAGAUAUCAAGAAUGACUCGAAUUAUGUGGUUAAAGGAAAUGAGAGAUUACCAAUGAAGUGGAUGGCACCUGAAAGUAUUUUUCAUUGUGUGUAUACAUUUGAAAGUGACGUAUUUUAUGGGAUCCUACUUUGGGAGAUCUUUUCUCUGGGAAGCAGCCCAUACCCUCAUAUGCCGGUGGACUCCAAGUUCUACAAAAUGAUAAAGGAUGGUUACCGCAUGCUGAGCCCAGAUUGUGCACCAGCCGAGCUCUAUGAGAUAAUGAAGAGCUGUUGGAACAGCGACCCAGUGAAGCGACCUACCUUUAAGCAGAUUGUACAGAUGGUGGAACAGCAGCUUUCAGACAGCAAGGGGCAUAAGAUUUCAAACGGCUCUCCUGUGUGUCUGAACCACGCCCCUGAGGAUCAUUCCGUGAGGAUCAAUUCAGUGGGGAGCAGCACAUCAUCUACUCAGCCCUUACUGGCCAACAGGGAACGCUGAAGAUCCCUUCAUGUCGCUUCUCGCUGCUUGUGGAUCUUAUCUUCACACACAUUUCCAAAUGUUACAACAUUGUCGCAAUCCUACUGAGCUGCUGAAUUUCAAGACAGAACGUUCGCUGGCAUUGCUGAUACAUGUGAUAACAGAAGAAAUAGACUUUAGGUAUAUUCAAACAUAUUGUCACACGUUGUUUCCUUGUGAAAAUCAUAUGGAAACAACCAACUGCAUGAAAGCUCGACCUGUGUGUCAGUGACCGGUGGUGGAUUAUGGAUAAAGACUUGAGAUCCUGGAUUUAAAGCUUCUGAGAUCACUGAUCCAGGAAUUUUCGAAGAGACUUAAAGGCAUUGUUAAUUGACUUGUAGCAUUAAAAAAA